AUGGCCCGCCGCAAGCGCCAAUUCCUAUCGGAUGGCGAUUCCGACUCGUCCCCGGCGUCCGACGACGACGCUGAGGCUUCCUUCGACACGCAAAACCCGGACGCGCGGGCUGAGCGCGAGCUAUUCGAGAAUCCGUACGGGCACAAACGACGACGAAAGGACGAGCGGGAGGACGCGAUAUAUGGUGUGUUUGGUGAUGACAGCGAGGAGGAGGCGGAGGGGUUUAGAGGGCGCGGUGGGAGGGGGCGGGGAGGUGGUGGGGCAAAGAGGAGUGACUGGACGAAGGCGCCGGCGUUCGUAGGUGGUCAGAAAGUCGAGCCGAGUAAGACGACCGAGGUGCCGGACGUGGUAGACGAGGAUGCUGUCAUGGAGGAUGGGAGCGACGCGGACAGCGAGGAGGACGACGAUGAGGAUGAUGCGGAUCAAGAUGAGCCUCCCAUGAUCGUGGAGGACGAUUAUGGGCAGGACGAGCUCGAGGAACAACAACCACGCAUUGGUGGCAUCGGCUCAGGCAAAUCCAAAGCCGGCCUUGGCAUGUCUGCCUUCAGCCGGGGCGGUAUAGGCUCUCGAAGUGCGGCUGCAGACGACUCGGGCGACCUUACUGGGCCUGGAAAACGGACAGGCGGCAUCGGGUUUUCCAGAGGCUCUUCAAGCCUUGCGGGUUUCAGCAAGGGUGACAUAGGGUCCAGCACUUCUUCAUUCACGCCCGCAGAGACCGAUUCUAAACCAGCACACAAAGGAAGCAUUGGCUCCAACUCCUUCAGCCAAGGCGCCGGUGUUGCGGCCACAUUCACAUCCGCAUCUGCCUAUCCCUCUGCCUCCCCUGCCCCAGCCACCCAUGCAGAUUCCGCCCCCACCAUCGACGUCGACACUGCCGACCUACCCGCCUCCUUCGGUUCGGCCCCCCGUACUCAACGCGCGUUUGUGCGCACCUCGAACCCCGCCUCGGGUAGUGCUACCCCUGCGCCCCUCGAUGCAAAGGAGCAGGCACACUUUGCCUCGCUGCAGGGCUCGUUCGGCGCGCGGAUGCUCGCAAAGAUGGGCUGGCAGGCGGGUACCGGCCUGGGCGCCACGGGCACCGGUAUAGUCACGCCCGUCGAGAGCAAGCUGCGUCCGAAGGGGAUGGGUAUCGCGUUUAAAGGCUUCCGGGAGAAGACGGAGCAGAGCAAGAUGGAGGCGAAGCGACGUGGCGAGACGGUGAGCGAUGAGGAGGAGGAAGGGGGUAAGGGACGGCGCGCACGGAAAGGCGGGAAGAAGGAGACGGAGAAGGAGAAGCGGGCGGAAGCAUGGAAGCGACCGAGGAAGGUCAAGACCCGGGUUGAGCACAAGACGUACGAGGAGAUCGUCGCGGAGGCGGGCGAACAGGCAGCGCCUGCGGGCGUGGGCGUCAUCAUCGAUGCUACUGGCGCAACACCUCGAGAAGUUGCAUCACUGGCCGACGUAUCCAGAUCGUCAUGGACGCCAUCGACCGACCCGACGCGCCUUCCCGAAUUACGACAUAACUUACGGCUGAUUGUCGAAUCGGCCAAAGGUGACCUCGACGGUCUCGCGCGUGAAGCCAAAGCGCUCGAGGAGCGGAAGAAAUGGGUUCGCGCCGAGGAAGCGCGCCUAGCGAAGAAAGUCCAGGACGAAGCGGAGCUCAUCAAACGGCUGCAGGAGAUCAGCCUUGUCGCGAACGACAUCAGUUCGCAGGCGAAGGAACUUGCGUCAGCGUACGAACCUUCCCUCGACGUCUUUUCGCCCAACUUUGAGAAACUGUAUGGACAGUACACAAAGGAAUGCGAGCGUUAUCGCCUGGACGAGAUCGUGGUCGCUGCUAUCGCCCCCGCAUUCCGGCGCAUGCUUGCGUCGUGGAAUCCGCUCGAAGACCCGUCUGCGUUCGUGAACACGUUCUGGCCAUGGAGAGGCAUACUCAAGAUCGCGAUGAGCGAAGACAAGCCCGAGACGCAGAUCGACGUCUUUGGUACCAGGACGGUCAAUACCGCGCCCCUAGUCGAAAAGCCGAUGACGCCAUUCGAAUCCCUCCUUUGGAACGCGUGGCUACCCAAAAUACGCUCCGUCACAAACAACGAAUGGUUACCUGAGAACCCUGCGCCGCUCGUGCGCCUCUACGAAACGUGGUCGACCCUCCUCCCGCCCUUCAUUCGCGACAACUUCUUUGACCAGCUCGUCCUCCCCAAGGUUCAGAAGGCAGUCGCUGAGUGGAAUCCGAAGAAGGCCGGAAAAGACGGAGUGCCACUGCAGCGGCUAGUGUUCCCGUGGUUGCCGCACCUAGGACUCAGGAUGGAGGACCUGCUCGGCGACGCGAGGCGGAAGGUGAAGAGCCUGCUGAGGGCGUGGAAACCGGAAGACGGCCUGCCGGAGGAACUACUCGCCUGGAAAGACGUCUUCGACGUCGCCGAAUGGGACAACAUGAUGCUCAAGUAUGUCGUGCCCAAGCUCGGCGCUACCCUGCGCGACGACUUCCGCGUCAAUCCCCGGGCGCAGGACAUGGAGCCGCUCCAGCGCGUGCUCGCCUGGUCCUCCGUCCUCCGCCCCUCCAUCUUCUCCUCCCUGCUCGAGUCCACCUUCUUCCCCAAGUGGCUCGAGGUCCUCCACUUCUGGCUGGUCCAGCCCGGCGCGUCCUACGAGGAGAUCGCGCAGUGGUACUCGUUCUGGAAGAGCACGUUCCCCGAACCCGUGCAGCGACUGCCCGGCGUCGCGCGUGGGUUCACGCAGGCGCAGCAGCUGAUGAACGAGGCGAUCGUGCUGGGGCCCGAAGGCCGCGCACGGCUGCCGCGCCCCGAGCUCACGGCCGCGUCCGCGCCUGCUUCGCGCCAAGCGACUCCCAAACCCGCCGCGCAGCGCCCGGUCGCUGGCCGGACACAGGAGAUCACCUUCCGGUCGAUCGUGGAGGAGCACGCCGCGGCGCACAACCUGCUGUUCAUCCCCACCGGCCGCGCGCACGAGAAGUCGCGCAUGCCGCUGUACCGGGUUUCGCAGACCGCGGACGGGAAGAAAGGGUUGUUGGUGUACAUCGACGACGAUGCCGUGUGGGCCCCCGAUGGCGAGGAUUAUCGCGCGAUCAGUCUGGAAGAGAUGGUGCUAAGGGCAACGAAAACGAGCUCUAGUUGA